AUGGAGCUUGUUCAACCCAUUCCAUCGAUGGGAGCACGACAAUGGGCUCCUUUCAGCAUGGAUGGCGCGCAGUACUUAGCGCUGGCCCAAUAUUAUGAUGAUUCCUCGUACAGCAAUCACGUUCAAAUCUUCAAAUGGGAUGGCGGACGCGGUUCCUUCGUGGAAGUGCAAAGAAUCCCCAGCAAUGGAGCAGCGGGAGUUCAACCCUUCACCAUAGCUGGCGCGCAAUUCCUGGCCGUGGCCAAUCACAGGGACGAUUCCGGGAACUUCAACAUCGACUCCAAGAUCUACAAGUGGGAUGACGCCAGUGGCAUGUUCGAAGACUUUCAAAACAUCUCGACAAGUGGAGCAUACGCCUGGGCGGCUUUCUCGAUAGAUGGGGUGCAGCACUUGGCCGUGGCGAAUUCCUUCAACGGGGCAUCUCACAGCAUUGCCUCGAAAGUCUACAAAUGGAGCGGGGUGGGGUUCAAUGGAUCCUUUGUGUACCUCCAGAGUAUCGAGACCAAUGCAGCACAAUGGUGGGAGGCGUUCACCAUUGACGGCGUGCCUCACCUGGUAGUUGCCAACAGAUACAGUUCUAGUCAGCGUUCCCACAACGUUGACUCCAUUAUCUACAAAUGGUACAGUGGGAUUGGCAAGUUUGUGCCCGAGGAAAGGCUCCCAACCAAUGGCGCAUCUGGGUGGUAUGCCUUCACCAUCGAAGGUGUGCGGCACUUAGCAGUCGCUAACAGCCAUAACGAUGCUUCCUACACAAUCAACUCCACGAUCUACAAGUGGGACAGUGCCAGGGACGAGUUUGAAGACAUCCAGGCCAUUCCGACACUUGGAGCGUUGAGUUGGACAGGCUUCGUCAGUGGUGGCGUGCAGUACUUGGCAGUUGCCAACUACUACGAUGGUGCUUCCUACUACCAGGACUCCAAAGUCUAUAGGUGGGACUCUGGCAGUAGCUCGUUCUUGGAGAUUCAACAGCUUGCCACUGUUGGAGCAUUUGGUGUGUCCGCCUUCAUGAUUGAUGGCGUGCAGUACCUGGCGCUGGCCAAUUUUUUUGACGGUUCUUCCUACAACACUUACUCCGGCAUCUACCGGUGGGUCACCAGCACCACCACUACCACCGGAACCAUCACCAGCACAAGUGCUACCAGGACCAGCAGCACCAGCUCCAGCACCCGCACCGAGGCUCCUUCGACCCUGGAGGCCACGGAGUUCGCCUUUGCGGAUAUCGGCGCCUGGUCUCUGGCCGCCCUGGGCGGCUACUUGGCGGCUCUGGCCGUGCCGGUGCUGAUGAUGCAGCAGCUGUGCCGGGCAGGAGGUGCAGCACACUUACCAACGCGCCAGGCGGAAGGCCAGGGUUGGCAAAGUCAUCCAGCGGAGGAAUCAUCUGGGCCGUCGCAUGGAGGGGCGCUUCCGGACAUUCCACCCUUGUCCAACACAGAACCAGGCAGGGCGGCUGAUGGCAGCGAACCCGGAUCUGUGGCAACACAGCCAAGCGCAAGAAGCCCACAAUGCCCGACACUUGGCAGCCCUGUCCAGGGCAGGCCAGGGCUCCCAGCUGCAAACCCAGCAAACCCCACGAUGCCGGUUGAGAAUGCCAUGGUGGCACCUCCGGCUUCAGCCGGCCUGAGAGGCUCCGACACCGAACCAGCUGGGACGGCAUCAAACCCAACAGAUGCAACAACGCCCAGCGCCCAGACCUUUGGCAAAGCCACGGAUACGGAAGCUCUAGUGGGACAGGCCGCAGUGGUGACCUCGCAGGUGCGGACGAUAAUGAAACGAUCGCCCUACAUCCUGGCCGUCAACAUGCUGCUGGAGUCGGGAAACUUAGUUUCAACGAUGCUGUACGCAAUGGAGGCCUACCAGCGCUCGACCCUGGUGAGCUUCUCGGUGCCUUGCGGCUCGGGUGUGCUCAUGCCCGUGAAGAGCUACGACUGCCCGCCCGACUCGGACAUUCCUGGGCUGCCUCUCUGCCAGGCCGGCUUGGAAGUGAACAUGGUCUGCGAAGCAGACGCAGAGGUCUACAACUCGAACUGCCACGUCGUGGAUCAGUUGGACAACUGCGGCAGGUAUGACAUCUACACGAUGCAGCAUCAAAGUUGCGCAGCGGUUGGCUGCGCCGCUCUGAGCAACUUCCUGUGGGUGUCUGCCUUGGUUUCCUUCGGCUUGACAAUCGCCUGGACUUCAGCGUUCUACACCCAGAGUCUCUGGAGGAGACAACCAGGGGAAUACCGCCGACUCCGUGGCCGCUUCAUCCUGUUCUUUGUGCUCCUGGCACUUGUCAUGGCGAUCACCCUCCUCGUGGGCGCCCUCGGCGGCGAAAAGGCCGUCUUGGCAAUGGCCAUGCUGUGCCCCGUGCUGCCCAUGUGCUCCUGGGUGCUGGCAGCUGGCAUCACCUUCCGCCUGCCGGCACCGGGAGAGAGUGGCAUCGUGAAUCAGGCGGCUGCGUUGGAGCUUUCCUUCUUCAACGUCUUCGUCGCAUUGCAGCUGACGGAGGAGGAUGUGGAAGACUUGCAAGAGUUCCGUCAACCCCUGAACAUCGGACUGCGCAUCGUGGAAGACAUCCCAGAGCUCAUCAUCGGCCUCCUUGACAUCGUGUUCUUCGGUGGCGCAUGGUAUGCAUGGCUUGGGAUAGGGAUGUCCGUGGCCAUGGUGGUCUUCCACCUGUGCAUGGGUCUCUUCCUGACAUGCCGCCAGUCAUCCUCUGAGAUUGCCCACCUGCGACAGCGAGACACUGAAUAG